AUAUUUGACAGCAUCGAAAACAUUGCAGUGUAUAGAGUAUACGAUUAAAGUGUUUUACAGUCUGGGCCUGUCAACACAUAAUCGCCAACAGUAUCAUAACUGACAGUUGUAACAGUCCACGAUCCGGACAGGACAAGGACUUUCUGCGGGAGAUAAGAUAAAACUGCACUUGCUAAUCUAGUAUAACUAAACUCUGAUAAUGUAUAACGCUGUUUGAGGGAUGUAACAAAAUGGGGAUAUUUGCCUAGUGAUGGAUAAACUUAAAAUAUCGUUCACUAUUUGUGAACUGUCGGAUGAUCCGAGUUGCUCAACAACUAAAUGCGUAUCAUUGUUGUCCCUAAUAUCACGAAUGUUUGUUUGUUUAAAUGUUUUGGUUGUCUCGUAAUUGUAAUGUAUUUAGAUUUAUUUACAGCUAUGACUCUACGUUACUAGUAGAGGGGGGGGGCUUGAAUGCGUUUGCUUUCCUUACCUUUUUGCUUCGCCAGUUCCGAGAAGCUGAAAAUUUUUUAGGUAGGGAGUUAAUUAGCGCGUGGAAAUUGUGAGGGAAGGGUGAUCAAAAAUCCAUGAUGGCCGCUUUCUUUUUAUUUCUUUUCCACAUUUUCUCACCAUUCAGCCUCUACCUCUAAGCGUUACAAUUGAGACUCAAGAACGCACUUGUGUUCGACUUCUGCAUUUCUGUGUCUCGUGUCUCCCACGAGUAAAAUCCUGACUGUUGUGCUUAAUUAUUUAUUGUUUUGUCUAUUGACCUGUAAAGGAUUCUUUCUCAUUGUGCAGACCAAUUACAUUUGCAUUUAAGUGUUGUGAUAUGUUUGGUUGGAAUUGACAAACGUGAUGGAGAAUCUCCCAAGAUUGUAUGAACAUGUUACAAGAAGAAGAACUGACGCUUGUCAAAAGGAACUCUUCGCCAAAGGGUUUUCAUUCCAGCACCGUCUAUUCAUCUCGUCACAACUGGCCAGAUUCGAAUGGCAGUUAAGAUGGAGCAAGAGCAACAGAGGAGGACGAGUAGCCGUCCUAUCGGACGCAAGGCUUUUUCUCUUGGCCCUCAAUCAGUACUGAAAAUGCUGCUCAACAAUCCUUUCGUUCUUCUCUGCUCGGUAUUCACCUUAGGAUCAGCUGAUGGCAGAAUUAUUGCUCUAACAGAAGAGAAUCCGGAAUUUAAUCUGGAUCUCCUCCAAGGAGCCGUUAUGGAUGUUAAUCCAGAGGAAAUGAACAAGCAGCUGAAGAAUGCCACAGUUGAUUCCAGUCGACUAUGGCCUGAUGGCAUCCUGCAUUACAGUGUUGGUGACGGAUUCAGCGGUCAAGAACUUGAAGCCCUUUACGAAGUGUUUGCGAUGUACGAAGACAAGAGUUGUGUCACGUUCGUAAAACGCACAACCGAGGAUUUCUACGUUUCUAUCCAGAAAACCGGUGGCGGGUGUUACAGCUACACAGGCAGGCAGCAUUCGCAGCCUCAGGUCGUCUCUCUCGAUGCAAAAUGCUUCGAUUGCACCGACACGGGAUGCAAAACUGGUGUGCUUAUCCAUAAAUUUAUGCACGCACUCGGGAUCACUCACGAGAAGAACGAAACUCUUCGUAAUGAUCAUAUUAGCGUGAAUCACACCGACAUCCAACCUGAAUCCGUGGCGCAAAACGAAACGCACGCAUUCGCGCAUCAUCCCGACAUCCCGACUACGAACGCAACUGAUGCAGUCACCGAUGGCCAUGGAGACGGUUUUAGUAACCUGCAUUUGAUGAAGCUGAAUUUAUUGUAUGGAUGUCCUGAAGCGAUGGUAAAGAGUUUUCCUGUGGUGAGCCUGGAUGCUCUACCAGCUCUUGCCGUACUCAGUUUAGGUGGGCAAGGAAUAGAUACUCAACGGAAAGGACAAAAACAAAGAUACAGCGGAAUACUGACGGCAGAAGAUGGAAACAACCCAAACCGAAAAGAUGAAGGGAAAGACGCGGAAAAAGAGAAAAACGAAAAGAAAGAAAAAGAAGAGCAGCAAAAAGAAGCGGAUAGAAAGAAAAAGGAAGAAAGCGAAAAAGAACAGAAACGGAAAGAGGCGGAAAAAAAGGAAAAGGAAGAACAAAACAAACAAGAGAAACGAAAAGAGGCGGAAAGAAAGAGAAAGGAAGAAAGAGAAAAAAAAGCGAAACGAAAAGAGGCGGGAAGAAAAAAAAAGGAAGAAACAGAAAAAGAAAAGAAGCGGAAAGAGGCACCUUAA